AUGUCCUGUCCUCGCGCGCGCGCGCGCUCAUUAGCACGAUACCAGCGCCGACUGCCCACCGGUCUCCACCCAGAUAUCACCCUCUGGCAGGCAUACGAAUGCCCUCUAGCCUCGAUUGACAAUGUACCCCGUAAUCAGCCGCGCGCCGCGUGCCCCAGACCGCCCACACCUGCCGUGCUCACUGCUCUUCCCGACGUCUUCGCACAUGAGCCUGGCCCGCCCACGGCACCCGGCUCGGUCACGCGCACGCGCUCUGUUUUUCUGCUCAUCUCUGAAUCUUGUCCGCAGCCCUGUGGCGCCGCGCUCGAGCGCGAGUUUCUCCGCUCGUUUCCGUCGGCGCAGACGACGAUGGGCCUGUACUUCUUCCGUGGCGCAGCGCCUUCACAUGACUGUCUCCUGUGCCACUUCCUCGUCCUCGGUCCUCGGUCUGGCUUUCUAAUCAUUCCUCGUGGUAAAUUGUUCAAUGGACAUCGCGACGUCCGCUCCGACGAGGUGGCAGGCCUUGCCUUCGGCAGUGGCAAGGCGGGUUCUCCAGACCUUGACGGUCGUUCUCCAAUUCACACUUCCGUAAAGGGUGUGGUAUGUUCUAACAUCCCUGAUGUCGACCAGCAUCCUGAAAGCUCGGAGACCCCCGCUCCAACUCCACGCUCUGUACUUGCAGACCCAAAACGAUGCCUCGUCACGCAGGACUCAGGACCAUCGGUCAUGCCGUGCUAUCUGCUCAACCUGCGCCUCUGGCAGUACAACAGGAUGCUGACGCGCUUCGAAUGGCAGUGGGGGACGAAGUAUGCGUCGCUAGAGCCGGAUGUAGAGGCGAACAGGAUCUAUCGUGGUGAGGCCUUUGCAUAUCGGCUGUUGCUGCUGGACAAGGACCUUCUCCCGAUUGAACGAUUCGAUGAGCUACACUCAUCCGGAGGGUCUUCUCCGCCCCUCGCCAUCCCCACCGAACGAAAAUUCACCUACCAUUCAUAUGCAUUCGACACUCUACCGACCUUCGUUUCUAGUGUCAAACCUCACUUGAUCAUCCUCGACUCGGCCGCAAAGCUGUUUCGUCAGGCAAUACCGGGACCACGGGGAGUAUUGACCGUGGUGCAUUCGCUUUGGCCGAUAUCCGAACGCAAUGCCACUACCAUGUUUUCCCCACUUGAACAUAUCUAUCGAGUUUGGCUUGAAUUCGAGGAACCCCUUGGAUUCGCGAAUAUGUCGCGCACUCCUCUGUGGACGUCUGCUCUCGACACGGUCGGUUCGCGUGGAAGCCGUCUGUCUGCUCUAGCUGUUGGUGUACUCGCGAUGACGACGACUCUGCUUCCUCGGACAGCGACGAUUGCUUCGGGAGCCUCAGCUCGUCUGAGUAUAAAGCGUAUCGCAGACGGCUAUAUCAAUAUGUAA